AUGAGGAAUCAGGUUCGAGUUAUAAGAGGCAAGAUGGUAGCUGCGCAGAGUCGUCAGGAAAGCUAUUCGGACACAAGGAGAAGAGAUCUAUUAUUUGGGGAAGGUGAUUGGAUUCUGGAGAAGGUUGGACCAGUUGCUUAUCAUAUUGCCUUACCAGAAUAUUUUGGUGAGAUUCAAGAUGUUUUCCAUGUGUCAUCAUUAAAGAAGAGAUUUGGACAGCAAGAGCCCCGUUUCAUUGAUCCAGGAAGCAUUCAACUCUGGCCUGAUCUCACGUAUGAAGUUGUGCCAACUCAGAUUUUGGAUAGAAAGGAGCAACAAUUGAGAUCCAAGUCGAUACUCUAG